GCAAUACUUAUUUGUGACUUGACAGCUUUCCAACUUUUGCAAGACCAUCAAGUAAAAUGUCAGAAUAAAAAUUAUCAAAAAAAAUCAUAUAUUAUGUUAAUAAGCUUCGGCUGCAAUUUGUUUCUAUAUUUUGUAAAAAGUUUUGUGUUACGAUAAUCGUUAUUUAAAAAUGAAUGCCAGGGGCCUUAUUUUGUGGUUAGUUUUUAAUGUGUACUUUAAAUAUGUCUCGUCAAAUGAAUAUAGUACCAUCAAGCCUUUAGAAGAAGCUGCUAGAACUAGCAGUGAAAAUUACCGAAGUCAAUCGUCCUCACUUUUUCAAGGCAAUUUUGAUACCUGUAGUGAAGAGGACUUUGCUUGCCUAGCAAUGGCGCAAAAAGAUAGACUGGGGCUAGAAGCUAUUAAGCAAUUACAUAAACAAUUGGAUGAUGAUAAGGAUGGAACAAUAGAUUUAUCAGAAUCUGAUGAUUUUCUGAAAGAAGAGUUAAAAUACAAUUCCGGUGCUGAAAAAAGGCAGAAAAACUUUCAUAGAAAUGAUGAUUAUCAAAUUUCCGUUAAAGAAUUGUGGGAAGCUUGGCUAAAGUCAGAGGUGCACAAUUGGACUGUAGAGCAAACCACAGAUUGGUUGUCAACUUGUGUUGAGCUACCUCAGUAUGUACCUACAUUUAUUGAACACAGGGUCACUGGUGCCAAUUUACCAAGAUUGGCCGUCAACAACGCACCUUAUUUGGCUAUCCUCGGAAUCAAGGAUCCCAUACAUAAGCAGAAGAUCUCGCUAAAGGCGAUGGAUGUGGUUCUGUUCGGACCGCCCAAAGAUGCACAUCAUUGGAAAGAUUUAACUCUGAUAUUUUUCACCAUCCUCGGCGGCUUCGGCAGUUGGUGGGCCUAUAGGCAGAACAAGAAGUUCAAAAAUCACUUGAACAGGAUGAGUCGCGACAUGGACGGCCUACAGAACGCCGAAAAGGCUCUGGAAAAUCUCCAAAAGGAAUUGGAGCGGGCGAGACAAGCUCAAGAAACUGUGAUAACGGAAAAGCAGGAUUUGGAGAAGAAACUUCAGGAUUCCAGGAGCGAAUUGAAUUCGUUGCCCAGCUCGUACUCCGAUUUGGAGGUGACGCAAAUGAAAGCCGAAAUCGAGAUGCUCAGAAGCGAAUUGCAACUGGCCGAAGGCGAAUUAAAAGACAGGUGCUGGGCUCCUCCGGUCGCUCUACAGCAAUGGCUUCAACUGACCUACGAAAUAGAAAACAAAGCUUACCUCAAGAAGAAAAUCGGAGCUGAAAAGCAAUUGCAGCAAGCCAGAGAAGCUUGCGAAAAGCUGAGAAAGAAGCGCUCCAGUUUAGUGGGCGCGUUCGUCUCCACCCACGGUAAAUCUAUCGACGAAGUCGAUAGGAGUAUCGUAGAAGCCAGAACUGCAUUAAACGAAGUGACUCAAGAACUGCAAGAACGCGCCCUUAGAUGGAAACAGAUCGAAAUGUUGUGCGGCUUUAAUAUAAUCAAUAAUAACGGAUUUAAUUAUCUGGAGAAUACGCUUUAUCGAAAUUUUAAUAGUAGAGGAGGAGGAGGAUUAAGAGGAGUCCAGAGCAGCACUGAUAACUUAGAUGACGACACUGGAUCCGUCUAUAGUGCCUUCCCAGGAUACCACAUGAGGGACGGCGAUUCAUCUAGCAGUGAAACCAGCAAACAAGAAGAUGAUUACGGUGGUAUCGAUUCUAAAGUUGGCAGUAGGAAUAAUAUUCAUUUUGCUAUAGGCGAUGAUGGAUUCGACGAAACGCUUUGCAGCAGCCCAAUGUCCCCCAGAAGCGUAAUGAAAUUCUCCUCCCAACCGAAAAGCUUUAGCCACAGCCAGCUGAACAUGAUAAACGCCUCAUCGGCCGCGUCGAAGACCUCAGUAAUAACCCGCUCCGUCUCGUCUGACAUAGCCUCUUCGGCGGUAGAACAAAAGUCCAAAUCCCUUUCCGAAUCAAAUCUUAAAACCGAAAGACAAGCGACUAUCAAAGAGCUGAAAGAACAACCUAGCACAUCCACCGAAGACGACGUUUGCUCAACGACUUCAUCUGUAUUAGACGAGGACAUCAAGAAGAAGAAACGCAAGAUAAAUUUUUUCUCGAAGAAGAGCAAGAACAAAGAUUUUUAAGGUUCCCGAUCGUUCGUGUCUCUUCUUCCUUUAGGCAAUCGUUAUCUAAUUUUAAGUCCCCGUCAUUUUGACGUUCUGUUCAUGACUAGUGUAUUCAAGUAUAUGAAAAUCAGUAUUGACGUUUGGAUUGUCAAUUGUUUUCACCGAACCACGUCGAGGCCUUGCCAUUAUUAAUGUUGACUGGCCUUUUUUUAGUAAUAGUUCAAGAGCCGACCGUUUGAAUUGCUUACAUAAUCGAGUACAUCAAAUAUUUGUUAGGUCUGAAAACUGUCAAGAGUGUGUGAUCGACAUACAGGAUGCGGGGACUAAAUAGAUUUUUAUGCACACAUCAUUUGCUCAUAACAAAUCUUGCGUAUACUCGAUGAAUAACGGAUUUUCGAUGGUUGCCUCUUGUACUGUACGUUUUUAAUAUUUACUCAGCAGUUUUUUGAAUUCCUUUUACCUCUUUUUUAUGGAAAGUCUCUCAAAGUGGCUUUUUUGUUUUGUGGAAUAUUUGAUGGUGGAUUUAAUAUUUUUUCGGACAUUAUGUGGGGUACUCAAGGAAUAUUAAAAGUAACACAAGAUUGUCGAGCAAUGAUGCUAAGUGGAUCAGAUAUAAAAGGAUUGACAUCCUUAUUCACAACGUAUUUUUAAAUAUUUACUUACAUGUAAAUCCUUGAAUAGAGAAACGGCAAUUCAGAGAACUUGGAAUCCUUACUGUGAUUAGUAAAAUUCAAAUAAAUGAGGUUAUGUUUACCCAAGUCAUUAACAAAUUUAAAAUGUAAGAAAUGUCAGCGAGCAUUAAGAUUAAAAUGAUUAAAUAACGGUUCUUGAAAUAUCGCCCCAACUCUAUUAAAUCAUUAUAAUAACGUUUAUAUCUUUCCAAGUAUUUACGUGUGAAUAACUUUAAAGAUGUUUUGUGAAUUAGGCUAAGAGUAUAAAAAAAACAAGGCUACUAAUAACAUUUGUUCGUCCUAUUCGUAAGUGCACUCCAAGAGUAUCCUGCAUAUGACAAUCGCAGAAAAUAUUUUUGAUCAAAGUUCCUAUUUGAUCUGAUAAACAUCGUUUUUUUUAACCUUUUUUGGGUAGAUACUUAUCGGUCCACGUACUAGAUGUAGCCUUUGGCACGAUUGACGCCCGACAACAAAGUUUAUUACUACAUUUCUCGAUAAAACUCAAUGGUGUACUGGUAAUCUCUGUUUUUGGGUUAAUAUUAAACAUUUAAUUUUAUUAGUAGUAUUAAUGAAAAUGCAGAAGAACUAUUUCUGACUUUUAUCAGGUGAUAUAAGAAUAAUAAGUGUAUUCUGUUUGAUGACUUAUUGUUCAUGUAGACAUACUUAUUAUUAUUAUUACGGCAAACCUGUGAAAAUAUUCACUCAUUUGGCUAGACACUAGCAAUAUAACUAAGCAGAAAUUUAUGUUAAUUAUGAAAAAACGUCAUGGCACUCAAAUUAUUUCGUCUGACACACUUUUUUUAACAUAAUAAGACAAAUACCGACGUGAAGUUAACUACGUCGGUAUUGCCGAGUCCGCAUUUAACGAUCGUUGUCACAGUUUAUUGCUAAAGAAUC